GUGCGCGUCCGCAGGGAUCUGGCCGGAGAGCCAGACCUGGCCGCCGGCCUUUAUUGCUUGCGACUAAUAUGGUCGGCGAAGUGCUUCGGGGCUUACUCUGGGCAACAUACGUAGUGUGCAAAAGCUAGACAACAAUCAGCCUGUAUGAUUUGAGUAUAUUGAGGACCUGUUCCCACGGGCAUAUGCUCGAUUGGUCUGCACUCUUGUUACUGGGGUAAACAUGGGUGCAGUGGUGGACAUGGAUCGACUCCUAAAAGCUGGGGUCGGAACAGAGUAGAAAGAUGGCUGAGGGGAGAUAUAUUGCGGAUAGCACACGGGGAGAACAUGUUAUGAGUUCAAAAUCAGAGCGCGGCUAAGGCGAUAACAUACACGGGCUAUACUCGUGCGCUUUGGAGGAUCGGCCUUUGUAUACAAGAAGUGGUCGGGAUUGGAUACCGGUCUGUCGGAGGAUAGAUCCGACAUCUUCUCAUUUUUCAACAUCUUCAGCGCCACUGUUUCCAAUCACAACCCCAUAUAAUAUAAUCUAAGACCAGACUUCACGUUUAAAAUGAUACGAUCACGAACCCUCAGGCGCCUCCUGUCCUCAUAGUAAGCCUCUAGCCAUAACAUCUCUGACCAAGUCCCAACUAACAGCAAACAAGCGCUACACCCGCUCGCAGCGCUCUCAAGCACCAACCAUUUCGGAACCUCCGCCAAAGUUCCUCAAUGGCAGCUAUAGCAACAGCAACAGCAAAAGAAAGCGAGAGCAACGCCGCACAUAGAAACUACAAAAUCGUACAAGACGUAGGCAACUUCGCAGAGAAGGAAGCCCAACGUCCCGACUUCGACCACACCAAGCCCAUCGAAACCACCAAAUCCCCCUACCCAGCCUGGGACUACGGACAAGGGAUACCAGACAACGACGCCAGUCUAUCGCAAGAGCAUCACGAGGUAGACCCCUACGCGCCAGACCGGCCGUCGGUGAACAACUACCGGCUGCUCGUCUCCGCCAUCGCGCCCCGCCCAGUCGGGUUUCUCAGCACCGUCAAUGCAAAGGGCCAGAAGAAUCUCUCCCCCUUCAGUUACUUCCAGGUCAUUGACCAUGACCCUCCGAUGUUCAUCGUCGGGUUCUCGUCCCGUCCGGGCCGGGUGAAAGACACGUACCGCAAUCUCAAGGAAACAGGCGAGUGCGUGAUCAACACCGUAUCCGAGAACAUGAUCGAAGUGGUGAAUGCCACCUCCAUCGAUGCGCCGUAUGGUGUUUCUGAGUGGGAUGUCUCAGGUCUGCACGAGGCGCCCUCAACGACUGUGAAGCCGUCGCGCGUGCAGGAGUCCGUGUUCAGCAUCGAGGGCAAGGUGAUCGAUAUUAAGGAGUUUGCGGAUCAUCAGCAGCCAGGGAUGAGCAUUGCUGCUACGGUGUUGAUCAAGGCGACGCGGUUCUGGGUUAAGGAGGGGGCUGCUAAUGCCGAUUUCAGUCAUAUCGAUCUUGACAAAUUGAGGCCUGUGGCGCAGCUGGGGGGUGUUUCUUAUGGGCGGAUUGUGUCGACUUUUGAGCGGCCGCGGACGACGUGGAGUAAUGAGGUGGUGAAGAGUGAGUUGUUGGCAAGCUUGGAGAGUAAGGGGGAGAAUUGAUCUACAGGAUUUUGUUUGUUGAUAGAUGGUUUUGUAUAUAGAGGCAUUGUGUCGGUGUUGCGUUUUUCUUGCUCUCUCUUUCCUUCACUCUCUUUUGGGGUCUCAUCUAGAUAGAAUUUAGAUUUGAUGGAUCCAGUCACCAGCGAAACUGUAGUAGUCCUUCUCACAGAUCAACACCAACGAUACUCUUGUUCGGGCCAACGUCGAUUGGCUUCAUGGGGGCAUUGUCAUAUCCACCGUCGACCCAUAUGCUAACGUCACACUUGUCCUAGAUCCAAGCCAGCCCAGCUCCACCUGACCAGUGGAGGCGUGGGGCGAUUCAGUAGGGACUGUGUCCCGUCUUCCAAGCAUCUGACCUAGCCUUUACACCCUGCGUCAAGCAAGAGUGGUGAGCGGAUUUGAGCAGGGGGCCU